UUACCUGGGGCAUGUUUUAUACGCCGGACUCACAAUUUCACCGUGACGACGCACAUCUGUGUUUUCAUGAACUUGCCACAAAACUUUUUCUCUCAACCACUAAACUUGACGCUUUGUGUGCGAACAAAGACUUUAACUUUUAUUUACAAUGGACCUGCCGAGCGAAGAGGCUUGCGGUGGACCGAACAUGAAGGAUAAAGAAGAGGAAAAGGAAGCGGAGGAGGACAUGGAGGAUGAAACACAUGCCGACAUUCUGGACGUUUUUGAGGAGGGACUGGCGCGUCUUGUCCAGGAUCCUUUACUUUGUGAUCUUCCUAUUCAGGUGACGUUGGAAGAAAUCAAUUCUCAGAUUGCUUUGGAGUACGGGCAGGCCAUGACCGUGAGGGUUUUGAAGGCCGAUGGUGAAAUAAUGCCCAUCGUGGUGGUCCAAGACGCCACCGUCCUGGACCUGAAGAAAGCCAUUCGCAGGUUUGUGGAGCUGAAGCAGCAGCGGGAAGGCAGCGUGAGGCACAUCAACUGGAGGUACGUGUGGAGAACCUACAAUUUAGUGUUUCAGGGGGAGAAGUUAGAGGACGACCGUGUGAGGUUGAAAGAUUAUGGCAUCAGGAACAGGGACGAGGUGACCUUCAUGAAGAGGCUGAGGAAAAAGUGACUCUUUGGCUCCACUUGAACGUCCACCAGCAGCAAGAAUAUAUGAGGGGUCACCUAGAGCAGUUCAUGGGCGGUGAGGAAGUCCGCGGUGAAGACGCCCUCGGGCGCUGCCGACACAGCUGCGGCGUCCACACCCUCUGCGGGCGAGCACAAGGUCAGGUCCAGCCAGUCCAUGGCGUGAAGUUCAGAGUGAAGCUCCUCUAUCAGCUUCAGCGGCUCCUCCACACCUGCACUCAGGAGGGAGUCUAACCGGGGGUCGGGGGCCAAGGUCGUGGGCGGCAUGUGUGCCACUUGGACCAGAGGAGGAGGGCGUGACAGGACGGUGUUGACAGGGAGGAGAGUGACGCUGGGGGUGACAGGAAGACGCUUGUCCAUGCUGGGAGGCUCCUGCUUAAUGAAGGGGGAUAUCUCUGCAAGACAUGGCAACAACACUGUGUGUUACGUAGGUAGGUAUGUUUGUGUACAUAUAUCGAUGUGUAAGUAUGUGUGUGGAUAUUAAUGUGUUUAUGUAUAUGUAUAUAUGUAUAUAUAUAUAUAUAUAUAUAUACACAUAUAUGUAAACACAUUUAUACAUACAAGAACAUGUGUGUAUAAAUAGGAAUGGUGCUUAUAUAUAUAUAUAUAUAUACAUACAUACAUACAUAUACACACAUAUAUAUAUAUACACAUACAUACAUAUAUAUAUACAUAUAUGCAUAUAUACAUACAUACAUAUACAUAUAUAUGUGUGUAUAUACAGUAUAUAUAUUUAUAUAUAUAUGUGUGUGGAUGUAUGUAUAUAUAUAUAUAUAUAUAUAUAUAAAUAUACAUACAUAUAUAUAUAUACAUAUACAUAUAUAUAUAUAUAUUGGGUUUUUUUCUCUAACUAGAGCAGCCCUUGAGGACAUCGACAAAUGUCAACUAAAAUGGAUGUUGCCAAAUGUCCAUUACAGAGGACAUCAACAAACACUAAAGAAAUGAUGUCCAUUGCCAUACUUGCCAACCUUCAGACCUCCGAUUUCAGGGGGUGGGGGGCAUGGUUAUAUAUAUAUAUAUAUAUAUAUAUAUAUAUAUAUAUAUAUAUAUAUGAAAUAAAUACUUUAAUUUCAGUGUUCAUUUAUUUACACAUAUACACACACAUAACACUCAUUUUACUCAUUGUUGAGUUAAGGGUUGAAUUGUCCAUCCUCGUUUUUCUAACCAUAUGCAUGUACAGUAAAUGGCAGUAUUGUCCUGUUCAAGAGUGUCACAACAUUGCUGUUUACGGCAGACGAACUGCUUUACGGUAGACGUAAACGUGACUGCUGUUGUUGUGUGUUGUUACCGCGCUGGGAGGACGUUAAUGAAACUGCCUAACAAUAAACCCACAUAAGAAACCAAGAA